AUGGCACCAGUCGGAAAGUCUCAAAAUAUCAUCAGCUACGCGGGGCGUCUUGUUUCAUUGGAGCACAAACCCCGACCUCAAGCCAGGGGGCCAAGUCCAGAAGGCAGGGAGGCGUUUAGGAAGGAACUCAGUGAAUCGCAUUUCUUUCAUAGAACCUUCCCCCUUCACGUCUCUAGCUAUGGUAGAACAACGUGGAAUAAAGCUAGCCGUGUAAAAGCCAAUUCUCAAUUCUCACAUUCGUCUAUACUUACACACUUCUCUCCAGAUCCACUCGUGGUGAAGACCGUGGCAACGCGUUUCUUUCAUUCAUGUCGUCGUCUGUUUCAUUUUCUGCUUCAGCAACGUUAUCAUCCUUUCGCCGUAUGUAUUCGAUCGUUGAUUGCUGUUUUUAAUGUUCAGAAUCGUAUCAAUAAUGUAGUUCUUGUAGGUGGUGGAACAGCAGGGCAAUGUGUUGGUAGAAUUCCAUGUAAUUCUACAAAAUUCGGAGGAGGUUCGUUGUUGUCUGGCAGAUUUCUGAGAAAUAGGUUGCAUAAGCUAAUUUCAGCUGUAGCAGAUAAGGAUGUCGACGCGAUUCUGGUGACAGAAGGGGAGGAAAAGACUCCUCUUCGAUCUUAUUCGUGGGCCGAUAAGAAGAAACCUAGAGUAUGCAUACUAGGUGGUGGUUUUGGAGGUCUAUACACUGCACUUAGACUUGAAUCCCUUGUGUGGCCUGAUGAUAGAAAGCCACAGGUAGUUCUUAUUGAUCAAUCUGAUCGCUUUGUUUUCAAACCAAUGCUAUACGAGCUUCUCACGGGAGAAGUGGAUGCAUGGGAAAUAGCACCUCGUUUCUUAGAAUUGCUUGCUAAAACGGGUAUUCAAUUUUUCCAAGACAAAGUGAAAGCUUUAAACCCUAUGGACAGACGACUGGGAAUGAAUGACGGUGGUGGUCCUGCAGGAACAGUUCAACUUGAAAGUGGUGUGGUUAUUGAAUAUGACUGGUUGGUUCUUGCUUUGGGAGCUGAAGCAAAUGUUGAUGUUGUGCCUGGUGCUGCUGAAUUUGCCAUACCAUUUACCACGCUAGAAAAUGCAUUUAAGGUUGACGAGGAAUUAAAAGUAUUGGAGCGAAAGAACUUUGGGAAAGAUUCUCCAAUAUGUGUGGCGGUUGUUGGUUGCGGGUACUCAGGAGUUGAGCUAGCUGCGACAGUUUCAGAGAGGCUGAAGAGUAAAGGAAUUGUAAAAGCUAUAAAUGUUGAUGCCACCAUUUUGCCAACUGCUCCAACUGGCAAUAGAGAAGCUGCCUUGAGAAUUCUUUCGGAAAGGAAGGUUGAGUUAUUGUUGGGUUACUUUGUUCGGGGUAUAACAAAGAAGGCGGUUGAUUCGAAUGAUGUGGAGAAACUGAUUCUGGAACUGCAGCCAGCUGAUAAAGGGUUGGGAAGACAAACUGUGGAAGCUGAUUUGGUUUUGUGGACAGUUGGAAGUAAGGCUCCAAUUCCAGAAAUAGGACAGUAUGAGCUUCCUCUUAACGGGAGAGGACAAGUGGAGACUGAUGAGAAUCUUCGUGUGAAGGGACAUUCACGUAUAUUUGCAAUUGGAGACUCGUCUACUUUGAGAGAUAACGACGGGAAACUACUUCCUUCUACAGCUCAGGUUGCUUUCCAGCAAGCUGAUUUUGCGGGUUGGAAUUUAUGGGCUGCUAUAAAUAACCGCCCUUUGCUUCCAUUCAGAUUUCAGAACUUGGGUGAGAUGAUGACACUGGGUAUGAGUGAUGCCGCAAUUUCACCCAGUUUCAUAGACGGGCUAACACUAGAAGGGCCGAUUGGCCAUACGGCUCGGAAAAUAGCAUACUUGCUUAGACUGCCGACGGAUGAGCACCGGCUUAAAGUGGGUUUGAGUUGGUUUACAAAGUCUGCUGUUGAUACAGUUGCGACCUUACAAAGUAAUCUUCUCAAAGUUCUUUCAGGCUCCUCUUAAAUUACCAUAUUGUUCUCUUCAAAUAUUUACAACUUAUAUCAUACAUAAAUAUAUAUAAAGAAUGAAAUAUGUUUGAUAUUAGCA